AUGGCAGAUCCUUCCUUGUUCACAAAACAUUCUGGGAAAUCAUUUCUUGCUCUCUUGGUCUAUGUUGAUGACAUCCUUGUUGCAGGCACAGACUCCAAUCAGAUUAAGGAUCUAAAACAGCUGCUAGACAGAUCCUUCAAGAUCAAAGAUCUUGGUGCCUUGAAUUACUUCUUGGGAAUUGAAGCAUUCAGAAGUUCCAAGGGUAUUAAUAUUUGCCAAAGAAAAUAUGCUUUGGAAAUCUUACAAGAAAAUGGAUUCUUAGAGGCUAAACCCUCAAGAACACCAUCUGUGCCAGGGCAGAAACUGAAUAACCUAGAAGGCACUCUCAUUGAGCAGCCUGAAAUUUUCAGAAGGUUGGUUGGGAAACUCCUUUAUCUCACCAACACUAGACCUGACAUAGCCCAUGCAGUUCAACAAUUGAGCCAAUUUGUGGAUAAACCAAGGGAUAGCCAUCUAGUUGCAACUCACAGAGUGCUGAGAUACAUAAAAGGAUCACCUGGAAAAGGUCUCUUCUAUCCAGCAAAUCCUAAUUUCAAACUACAAGGAUUUUCUGACUCUGAUUGGGCAAAUUGUAUAAAGAGCAGAAAAUCUAUUACUGGAUACUGCAUUUACCUUGGAGAGUCCUUGAUUUCUUGGAAGACAAAAAAACAAGCUACUGUGUCUAGAUCAUCUUCUGAAGCAGAAUAUAGGGCAUUGGCAUCAACUACUUGUGAAAUCCAAUGGCUCAAAUAUCUAUUGGCAGAUCUCAAUUCAGAAAUACACAGCCCAGUUGCUCUAUUUUGUGACAAUAACUCUGCAAUGGCAAUAUAUGAAUUAAAGUGUUUAUGA